UUUUUCUCUUAGUUUUGUCUAAAUAACGAAUUUGUCGUUCUGCUCUUUGUUAGAAAUCGAUUUUGAUCCAUUUUCAGAAUUCAAUUUUGAAUUGGUUCUGUUUGUCUAUACAUUUUUGGUUGUGAUUUUGAUUUUGUUUUCCCCAGAAAAUCAACAUGACUGGUUUCAAUUUCAUUCUUUCUAUCACCGAGUUUUUGAUGAUCUGGAGUUUUAUUUUACCUGAUUUUCGCCAAAUGAUUGAUUAUCAGAUGCUUUUUAUACAUAUUUAGUAACCUAAAGACGUUACUAGUAACUGUGUUCUAACCUAAAGACAUUACUAGUAACCGGGUUCUUGUUGCUGGUUUUACUCAUUAAUUGCUUCAUCUGGAUGUUGUUGUUUCUGCAUCAUCUUUGGUGUCAGGGUUGUCUUGCAUUGCAUUUCUUGUCUGAUUGAUGUAAUGGAGUAUAAUUGUUUUGUGGUUCUGUUCUUGUUCGUGUUACAUACUUUUUUUUAUGUUUUUGUGUCUCAACCUUAUUCUACUGCUUCUUCUUCCUGCCAGGAACAAACAUCUGUUUCGUAAGUUUCAGCAAUGUACAGUGGAACUGUGAAGAGGGUAUCACCACUGCAAGAUAUUAAACUGCGUGUGCAGAUUACAGUUUCUUUGGAAAUGGAGGAUAAUGAUCCGAAUAAAGAAUAUUUGUAUGCUAAAGGCUUAAGUGAAUUUGUUACUUGGCUAAAUGCUGAUAAGAAACCGCUUCACGAUGUGCUGGGAUUUAGAAAAGAGAUAAAUGGUACCACCAUAAACAUUGCGCUUCAAUGGUGCGUAGAUGGAUAUUCAAACAAAAUUCUGGGAUACGCCAAUGGCAUCCGCACCAUGGAUGGUGGAACAUACAUAGAUGGUGUGAAAGCGUCAAUAACAAGAACUCUGAACAGCCUUGUGGAGAAGUCGAAGCUUGUUGAGGACAAGGAUAUUAUCUUUACUGAGGAGCAUGUUAUGGAAGGACUGACUUGCAUUGUCUCAGUCAUUGUUCCAAAACCUGAGUUUGAAGGUCAAACACAGAGAUUAGGAAAUCCAAAUGUCAGGGAAAUUGUUGACCAAUCAGUCCAGGAGUGCUUAAUGGAGUCUUUUGAAUUGCAUCCAGAUGUAUUCGAGAGCAUUAUGUCCAAAUCCUAUAACGCUUACAAGACUGAUUUGGCUGUCAAGAGGGCAAGGGAUGUGUAUAGUUCAGAAAGUGUAGCAAUGGUGUGUGCCAUUGAGUCCAUUCCUAUGAAACUGACCAACUCUUCUUCUGAAACAUCUGAAACUUUUAUAGGUAGAGGAGUUUCUUCUGGUGGUGCUGCAAAACACGACUCUGACAGGUGUUUCAAGAACAAAAGGACAUGGGAACAGCCUUGGAGUGAUGAUGCAGUCUCUACAGCUCCAGGAGAGUCUUCAGAGAAUACUAGUGGUUCAAGUUUUGAGAAGAAAAGCAAGAAACCCAAGUCUUCUGUUUCGUCCUCGCAUCUCUGUUUUUCUUCACGACAAUCUGCUGAUGAUGCAAACUCACCAAGCCCUAAAGAUGUUAGCAACAAGACUCCCAAAGAUGUAACCCAUGGGUCCAAUAAAGAUGUUAGCAACAAGACGUCCAAAGAUGUAAUAACCCAUGGGUCCAAUAAAACAAGACCAGCUAUCCCGAUCGGUCCAAGGUUCCAAGCUGAAAUACCGGUUUGGAUUGCCCCUACCAAGAAGGGAAAAUUCUACGGUAGCCCUGGAGAUUCCAAUACUCUAAGAUGGCUUGGAACUGGUGUUUGGCCAACAUAUAGCCUAAAGAAGACAGUUCACUCCAAAAAAGUUGGCGAAGGAAGAUCCGACUCUUGUUCUUGUGCUUCUCCGAGGUCAACCAAUUGCAUAAAACGACACAAGAAAGAAGCACAGGAGCUUUUGGAAAAGGAAAUUAACCGUGCUUUCUCUACAUGGGAAUUUGAUCAAAUGGGUGAAGAAAUAGUGUUAAAGUCGUGGACGGCCAAAGAAGAGCGAAGGUUUGAAGCUCUUGUGAAAAAGAAUCCUUUGUCAAGUAGUGAUGGAUUUUGGGAAUUUGCUUCUAAUGCCUUCCCCCAAAAAAGUAAGAAGGAUCUGCUCAGUUACUACUACAAUGUUUUCCUCAUCAAACGCAUGAGAUUGCUUAAGUCUUCCGCUGCUAACAAUAUCGAUAGCGAUGAUGACCACUAUGACGAUUUCUUAGCAGGAUGAAGGCCUUGUUGAUAAUAGUAAAUCCGUAACCAUUGCAGAGUUUCUCGUGCUUACAGGUAUUUCACUCUUUUGUUCUACAUGUAAAUCGCUCUACCAUGUUCUUGAUUCCAAGUGAUUCAAGAACCGGUUUCCUCUAAGUUUCUUUGUCAUAGGAUCUUUUAGAAGAGAUCCUUGUAGGGCCAAAUUAAAUGUGAGUUGUCAUGCGUAGCUUUUUUUCUUUUCUUCGUGAACCUUAAAGAUUUGUUUCACUCACGAAACAGUUCUACAAUAUUUCGAAUCUGGAACCUUUAAUAUUGUUAAGUUUUCUUAGGAUAUUUGACUUAAAAGUCCC